AUGGACAAAGAUGCGGAGAUGAUGGAGAACAAGCUGAAUUCUGGCAAUUUCCGACCCAACAAAACAGCUGCUUCAUAUCGUGCGUAUUCGGGGGGAUUUCAGUCCGCGCGUCCACGAGGCUCGGGAUUGGAUCAACCGUAUGAGACACGAAAACGUGACAUGACAGUAGCACGGUUGGCCUCGGAAUCAAUAACCGGUACCGGUAAGGUCUGA